CUGCCCAGCGGCGCCUCUCAAGGCAGGAUGGGCUCGGGGACAGCCCGCCAGGCACCCUUUCUCCCUCUUUUCCUCCUCCUCUUUCUUCUUCCUCCCCGGGGACGGCGGGAGGGGAGGGCUUCGCCGGAGCUCCUCAAGAAGCCGCCCGAGUUCCCGCCUCCUCCUCUCCCUCCUCCUCCUCCUCCUCCUCCUCCUCCUGGCCUUCCUCUCUCCUCUCCCUCCGCCAGCUGGAGCAGCUGGUGCCUUACGCGCGGCGGCGCCUCCUUCGCCAGGUUGCCUCUUCGGACGCAGUGAAAGAGGGAAGGAAGGAAGGAAGGAAAGGAAGGAAGGAAGGAAGGAGAGGCGGCAAGGCUGCUGCUGCUGCCUCUUCUCUCCCCCGUCCUCCUCCUCCGCUUCCUUCUCCGUCGCUCCAUUCUUUCCUCGGUUUCCUUUUCCAAAAGGGUAGAUCUUGCUAUGAAGAAAGAAAACAGAGAUGACUGAUGUGGAGCCUGUGGUCACAGAUUUUGCCGCCUCGGGAAGGGCUGGCCGCCGAAACGCCUUGCCAGACAUUCUUGGUUCUUCUGCUGGGGCAGGAACGUCAGACUUACCGCACAAGUUAGCUGAGCUCUCCAUGUCAGAAGCUGAAGGAGCUGAAGGCGGAGAAGCAUCAUCUUCUGGCACUACAAUGGAAAAUCAGGAAACAGAAGGAAAGAGCAUGGAUUCUUAAUACCUAUGAAAUCCUUGGUUUGCACUGAUCGUCAACAGAUGGCACUUCCAGUCUGUGCAAGAUACUGAAAUAUACCAUACGUGUAGCUGGGUGACAUGAAUAAGGAGCUAUUCAAAGACUUCAGCAGCAUGACCUAGUUCAUCAGACAAGUUUUUCUGUGUCUAAAUCUGCAGAAUGCAUGUAAAGUUCUAGCACUGUUUUCUGUCCUGUAGUAAAAUCAGCUCCACCAUGUCCUGUUGGAUAAGGUAAAUAAUCAGAUACAACAAGAACGUUGCUGCUUGGUCAGUCUCUUGGGACCUUUUCAGCAUAUAAAUACAAUUUUUUUUGAACAGGUUACAUAAAUAUUAUUAAGCUCUUAUCCAGAGUUGGCACAAUAUAUAGCAACACGAUGUAUGUUUGGUUCAACAAGCUGCAGUCACUUUGCUCAGCUAAGGCCACUUAGAUGUGUAUAUAUGUGGAAAUAAAAGAGAAGUGAGCACAA